AGCUCGACCUCCGAUUGGUGGAAACCAACAGGAAGAGAGCGCUCGGGGCCGUGAGAUCUGUCAAGUUCCGUGCAGACCAGCCAAGUCUUACAAACCUACAGCUACCGCACGCUGUCCUCUAUCUAAAAUACUAAAAUACUGCGCCCGUGUCUCUGCAGCCGGAUUUAUCGUUGCGGCGGGAUCAGGACAAAUCUGCGGUGGUCGCUGCGGCAUUUAAAGAAUCACUCGCUCCAGAUUAUCCGGAAAUACAGCGCAGAGGGCAUCGGUGUGAGGAUGGCUGCGUACAAGCUGGUCCUGAUCCGCCAUGGAGAGAGCUGCUGGAACCAGGAGAACCGAUUCUGCGGCUGGUUCGACGCGGACCUGAGCGAGACCGGGGAGCAAGAGGCGAAGAGAGGAGGACAGGCACUGAAAGAUGCUGGCUAUGAAUUUGAUAUUUGCUACACCUCUGUCCUGAAGAGGGCCAUCCGCACCCUGUGGUUUGUUCUGGACAGCAUCGACCAGAUGUGGCUGCCUGUCCACCGGACCUGGCGCCUCAAUGAGCGCCACUACGGUGGCCUGACCGGGCUGAACAAGGCUGAAACAGCAGCUAAACACGGAGAGGCCCAGGUUAAGAUCUGGAGGCGCUCUUUCGACAUUCCUCCCCCGUCCAUGGAUGAGGAGCAUGACUACUAUCAGAACAUAAGCAAGGACCGGCGUUACGCCGACCUCACCGAGGAUCAGCUUCCCAGCUGCGAGAGUCUCAAGGACACCAUCGCCAGGGCACUUCCCUUCUGGAACGAAGAGAUUGUUCCUCAGAUCAAAGAGGGAAAGAGGGUGCUGAUUGCUGCCCAUGGAAACAGUCUGCGGGGCAUCGUCAAGCAUCUCGAGGGUAUGUCAGAGGAGGCCAUCAUGGAGCUGAACCUGCCCACAGGUAUCCCCAUCGUGUAUGAGCUGGACAAGAACUUGAAGCCUUUAGGACCCAUGCAAUUCCUGGGAGAUGAGGAGACCGUCAAGAAGGCCAUGGAAGCUGUUGCUGCUCAAGGAAAAGCCAAGAAAUAGACACCCCACCACCACGACCCCCGAUGGGCUAGAGUACAGACCAAUCAUGUGCUGUUCAGUUCUAAAGUUAUUAUGUCAUUUCCUGUUACUGUCAUCACAGAUUUGCAUACAUACAAACACACAAUGUGCACUUUAUUUUGAUACCCAGCUUUCGCACAAACAAACUAGAUCUAGAGUUUGAUUUGAUUGGUCUUUAUUUUGUGACAUAUUCAAACAUUUCAUUAUUAGACAAUGGAUUUCAGCUGUAUUAUGAUUUAAGCAAUGACCAAAAUGCAAAAUUAGGGACCAGCACCAGAAUAGGAGCAAACGUAGACUAACCCUGCAGAGUCGUUCCAAGUAUUCCUCCCUAUUUACGAUCCCUGUAAGUGAACCUCAGUGAAAACAGUAUAACCUAUAAAGUAACACUGGCUGUUGUUAAAAGGACAAGUUCUCUGCACUGCUGAUUUUGUUUGCUGUGGCAUUGUGAAAACAAAUAAAUGUUGUAAACCAUUAUGUGAUGAAA